UCCUGUGUGGGGCCCCGCCAUUCUCUCUCCGCUGUUGCCAUGCCUGAUCACGGUCGGCGAGCUCUGCACCGAGUGUGUGACUCGGUAAGCGGCGUCAACUGGCGCCCGACUCGGUUCGUCGACGAGUUGAUGCUGACUCGUUACGCCUGCUGCGUGUGCCACGUGAUUCCGAGUACGACGGUUGUACUGCCUUGUUGUCACGCCCUGUGCGAGCAGUGCCAGCGAGGCUCCCUCGUUAAAGAUGGCGGAUGCGUCUGCCCCCUCGACGGAGAACCCUUCUGCGAGGACGAGUGCCAGAAGCAGCAGCUCCCAGAAAGGAAGAAGCAGAACCUGAAGGCUUACUGCUGGAACGAAGCCCAAGGCUGCGAUUUCGUCGGCCCCCUGGCGGACGUUUUGCGACACUUCGAGGCAGAGUGCACCUUCCACACCUUCCCGUGUCUAGGGUGCGGCGAGAACGUCCCGAAUGCUCAGCUAGCAGCCCACUACAUCGGCGGGUGCAGCAACGGUUCCUCGCCUGGUGGCGCCGCCGUCGUUACCGAUGACGUAGCUGCGGCUCGACGAGACGUCGAGAAGCCACGGAAGAACACCUACGAAGACGACAUCUCGACGCUUCAGAGCCAGGUGAACGAGCUCACGCAAGCUGCCAGAAUCCAAGGCGCUCCUCCGCUGGAGGGGUUGAACGCCGCACUGGCGGCAAGCCUCCAGUCCCUGAAUGCCAGUGUUGCGAUGGCCGCCGAGAAAUUGUCCGAGACAAUUCGCGACGCCUCGCAGGCACAUCAGCGCAUGCUAUCUCGGAAUGCAGAGGAAAGCUCAUUGGCAAGAGAAAGUGAGGCGAUCCGUAGAGCAUUGUGUUCUGAUGCGGAGACAGCAUGGCGGGAGGAAACGGGAGACAUCCUUUGAAAUUUGGAAAUAUGUGCCAGAGAAUCAGUGUCCUGUCUUCAACGCAUGUAUCUUACGCUAAGAAAAAAUUCAUCCGAGCUUUUCCCAACAGUUCAGGUGUUUCCAGUGCCACCGAGAAUCGAAGACUCGACUGCAGGAAUGGGCGACUCAUCCUCGCCAAGCUGCGCAGAAGUAAAAGAAGCAGCUUAUCUCGUGUUCGUAUCAAACCCCGAAAAAUUGCGUAACCUUCAAGGGCCUUCUUAUGCAGAGGCUAGCUUCCACCGACGAGGCGCGUGGUGCAGAGUUCUUUUUGGUGCAUCGUUUGAUAGUCAUUGCAGAUGGGGACUCGAAUUCUAUUGGAGUAGUGAGCAGAUAACUAUCGGCAAUGUACCGCGCGUCGUUAGGGUGUCUAUAUUACACAAGGGUAGUCACAUUGAUUUACCGGUGGUGGAAGAACUUAAUCCCUUACGACAGACUGCGUACCCCGACAAGGGAUGGGAUAUGUACGAACUUGAACAGCAACUGAGACUUGAAAUCAUCGUACGUGACUGACAAUAGCGCGCGACUCAUUUCGUCACUCGUGAAACGUUUUACAGCUUUGUCCAUUCCGGGACUCCAAGCCAGCAAGCACCAACAUCGUGUUGUAUGCUGAAGCAGGUGCUUACACUCAUUUUCGGGAGUAAAAGCCCUUGGUCAUCUCUUUAUUCUUGUACGCAAAUACGAAGAGAAAACUUCACAAAGGGGGUGGGAUGGUAAGUGUCCACUCUGUGAACUGUUCAUUUCGGCGGCUGCUGAUUGUGUGGAGCUGUAUUAGUGCGGAGGAGAGUGACUGCGGGCGUCUGCGUCGUUCAUGCUUCUGCCCCAUUUCAGCCAAUCACCACUUGAGCAGCAGACGAAAUGUCUAUUCAGUAAAUGUCCACUAAGUGGACAUUUACUGAAUAGCCCCCAGAUGAUUAGUAAGUGCCGGACUCUACAUCUACAUCUGCUACAUGUACAUGUUUAGCGUUCGAAUAACAUGAGUUAGACUUGAAUUAAGGAAGCUUGUAAUACACUACAAGGCCGGCUGUUCCAGAUUGUGUUCUUGAAUGACAUUUGUGGCACUUAAUGAGCUUGGUAUCAACUCAUUGUAAAGAAUGAUGCAAAAAUAAUGUAACUUCAGGAAACCUGCUGCGAUGGUGGCAGGGGAACUUGGCCAAUAAAUUUCUGUGAAUAAAUUGUA